AUGGAUGUUGCCGAUACAUACGCAACACAGAGUCAAGUUAAGGAUGAGGUCGGGGUACGGUGCCAAAAACUUUUUCAAGACUUUCUAGAAGAUUUCAAAGAAGACCACGAGUUAAAGUACGAAAAGCCGGCUAAAGAAUUACUUAAACCCGAAUUAAGUACGCUAGAAGUAAGCUUUGAUGAUGUAGAAAAGUAUAACCAAAAUCUUGCCACAACAAUCAUUGAGGAGUAUUACAGAAUAUAUCCGUUUUUGAAUCAAGCUAUUUUAAAUUAUGUACUGAGUUUGGCCGAGAGUGGUAUGAAGAAGGAUUUACAAGGUAAAGAGUGCUAUAUCUCGUUUGUGGAUGUUCCAACGCGGCAUAAAGUAAGAGAGUUGACAACUACGAAGAUCGGCACACUUAUAAGAAUAUCUGGCCAAAUCGUGAGGACACAUCCUGUACAUCCUGAAUUAGUGCUGGGCACAUUUGUUUGCUUGGAUUGUCAGACAGUUAUUAAAAAUGUGGAACAACAGUUUAAGUACACAAUACCAACCAUAUGCAGAAACCCAGUGUGUGCAAAUAGACGCCGAUUUAUGCUUGAUGCAGACAAAUCAGUUUUUGUUGAUUUUCAAAAGAUAAGGAUACAAGAGACACAAGCUGAAUUACCCAGAGGAUGUAUACCAAGGUCUUUAGAAGUCAUACUCAGAGCUGAAGCCGUAGAGUCUGUACAGGCUGGUGACCGUUAUGAUUUUACAGGGACCCUCAUAGUUGUACCAGAUGUGGGUUCCCUAUCUAUGCCUGGUGCUAAGGCAGAGUUGACCAUUCGUACAAGACAAGCUAAUGAAGGGCAGAUGGAGGGGAUCAAAGGGUUGAAGGCUCUGGGAGUUCGGGAGCUGCAUUACAAAACAGCAUUUUUAGCAUGCAGUGUGCAAGCUACAUCACGCAGGUUUGGUACGGCUGAUUUAGCUACAGAUGACCUAACCACAGAAGAUAUGAGGAAACAAAUGACUGAUAAAGAGUGGGAUAAGGUGUAUGAGAUGUCAAGAGAUCGGAAUCUUUACAACAAUUUGAUAGCAAGUCUGUUUCCUAGUAUCCAUGGUAAUAAUGAGGUGAAGAGAGGAGUACUGCUUAUGUUGUUUGGUGGUGUCGCCAAAACUACUAUUGAAGGAACUACCCUCCGUGGCGACAUCAAUGUGUGCAUAGUCGGUGACCCGAGUACAGCUAAGUCGCAGCUCUUGAAGCAAGUGAGCGAAAUUGCACCACGGGCGGUAUACACAAGUGGUAAAGCGUCUUCAGCCGCAGGUCUGACUGCAGCCGUCGUGAAGGAUGAAGAGUCAUUUGACUUUGUAAUAGAGGCUGGAGCUCUGAUGUUGGCUGAUAAUGGUGUUUGUUGUAUUGAUGAGUUCGAUAAGAUGGACCCUGGAGACCAGGUUGCUAUUCACGAAGCCAUGGAACAGCAGACCAUAUCUAUAGCCAAGGCAGGUGUGCGGGCAACGCUGAACGCGCGGACGUCAAUCCUCGCCGCUGCCAACCCUAUCGGUGGCCGAUACGACCGGGCCAAGUCGCUCCAGCAGAAUGUGGCACUCAGCGCACCUAUUAUGUCCCGUUUUGACCUUUUCUUCAUCCUUAUUGACGAGACUAGCGAAAUGGUGGACUACGCGAUUGCUAGAAGAAUCGUAGAUCUGCAUUGCAAUAAAGAGGAGACGUACGACUGCGUGUACUCGAGAGAAGAUUUGCUGAGGUACAUCGCUUUUGCGAGGUCUUUCAAGCCAAUUAUCACAGAGGAGGCCGGUAAAGUGCUAGUAGAAUAUUACACAGUGCUUCGGUCUAGAGAUGGAAGCGGUAGCGGUUCAGGGUCCUGGCGCAUCACGGUACGACAGCUCGAGUCCAUGGUGCGACUAGCUGAAGCCUUGGCGAAGAUGCACUGCAGUGGCCAAGUCAGCACCCAACAUGUCCACGAAGCUUAUAGACUACUCAACAAGUCCAUAAUCCGUGUCGAGCAACCAGACAUUCACUUGGAGGAAGAAGACCCACAGUAUGAGCCUAAUAUGGACGUGGACAAUGACACACAGACUACCGCAGCAAGCGAUCAAGUCAACGGCGAUUCUGCUCCCAAAAAGAAGCUCACCCUGUCGUUUGAGGAGUAUAAAUCCCUUAGCAACAUGCUGGUAGUUUUCAUGAGGAAAGAGGAGGCGGAGGCAGAAACUAGAGGCGAAGAGAGUGCGGGUAUGCGCAAGAGUGCAGUUGUGAGUUGGUAUUUGGAGCAGCUGGUGACUCAGGGGCAGAUAGAGACGGAAGAUGAUUUACUUGAAAGGAAGACGCUCGUUGAGAAGGUCAUUGACCGGCUCAUGUAUCAUGACCAAGUAAUAAUUCCUCUGUCUACCGCCGGUUUAAAAGCGACGCCGAGAUCUGACCAAGAAGUUGAGGACGACCCUCUCUUAGUUGUACAUCCUAAUUAUGUUGUUGAUACGUGA